AUGACCAAUUCAGCUGUCUCGUCCUUGUUCCGUCUUAGCUUUUUCUUGUUCGUUCUUCAAGUAAUGAACAUUGGCGGGUUUACUGCUGCAACUAGGUUCUAUCAAUUCAAGGUACAAACAAUGAGACUCACCAGACUAUGCCAGACAAAAGAGAUUGUAACAAUCAACGGGAAAUUCCCCGGCCCUGCGAUAUCCGCUCAAGAAGAUGACAGAAUUGUCGUUAAAGCAUGGGCUACAGUAUACGGUCCGCUUAUUGUAUAUCCUAAAUCUUCUAUUCCUUACCCUUUCAAGAAACCCUUCAAGGAGCAUACAAUUCUCCUAGGAGAGUAUUGGCUUAAGAACAUGGUAGAGCUCGAACAACAUGUACUUGAGAGUGGAGGACCUCCUCCUCCAGCAGAUGCAUUCACAAUUAAUGGUCAACCAGGCCCUAACUACAAUUGCUCCUUUAAUGAUGUUUAUGAGAUUAAGAUAGUGCCAAGGAAGACAUACUUGUUAAGGCUGAUAAAUGCUGGCAUUAACAUGGAGAGCUUCUUCACCAUAGCUAAUCACAGGUUGACCAUUGUGGAAGUAGAUGGCGAAUACACCAAACCUUUUACAACAGAGCAUGUGAUGCUUGUGCCCGGACAGACAAUGAACGUUCUUGUUACAGCUGAUCAAGCCAUUGGGAGAUACUCCAUCGCCAUGGGUCCUUACGAGUCUGCGAAGAAUGUCAAGUUUCAAAACACAUCAGCCAUAGCUAAUUUCCAUUACUUUGGUGCGUGGCCUAACAGUGUAACAUUACUAGCUAAGUUACCUAUUUUCAAUGAUGAUAUUGCUGUUCAGACUGUCAUGGAUGGGCUCAGAAGUCUAAAUGCAGUUGAUGUUCCAAAAGAUAUUGAUGCUCACCUCUUUAUCACAAUCGGGAUAAAUGUAAACAAAUGUAACUCUGAAAAUCCAAUCAACAAGUGCCAAGGGCCCAGAAACGGAAGAUUAGCAGCUUCACUGAACAACAUCAGCUUCGUGGAACCAAAAGUCUCGAUUUUGGAAGCUUAUUACAAGAACCUGGAAGGGUACUUCACUUUAGAUUUUCCAACCGUGCCGGAAAAAUCCUAUGACUUUGUCAAUGGUGCACCCAAUGACAUAGCCAACGACACGCAGGCCGCAAAUGGGACUCGAGCUAUAGUUUUCGAGUAUGGAAGCAGAAUACAAAUCAUCUUCCAGAAUACUGGCACUCUUACAACUGAAAAUCAUCCAAUUCAUCUUCAUGGGCAUAGCUUUUAUGUUAUUGGCUAUGGCACAGGGAAUUAUGAUCAACGAACAGCACAAUACAACCUUGACGAUCCUCCUUACUUGAACACUAUUGGAGUUCCAGUAGGAGGAUGGGCUGCGAUUCGGUUCGUAGCCAACAAUCCAGGGCUCUGGUUAUUGCAUUGCCAUUUCGACAUCCAUCAAACAUGGGGAAUGAGCACGAUGUUUAUAGUGAAGAAUGGCAAGACGGUGCUAGAGAGUCUACCUCAUCCUCCUCCAGAUCUACCAAAGUGCUAG